AGGUUUCUGCAUACUGUGUAAUAAGUACAUUUUUGCUUGUAUUGGGAUUUCAGCAGUAUCGUGACGGCACUUUGGUCAUGCUCGUUGCUUGCAGAGGUUUUGGUAGAUGGUUGUUUGCCUGAAGCACAGUAACUUCUGCAGAGGUGUCAAAGUGAUAUGUCUCUCAACUCUCCAGAAUAUGAAGAUGCCACCAGUAAUGCAGACUCCAGAAACUCUAUGUCCUCAGACACAGCCAAACCCGCAGAAAGUCAUCCAAGUAGUAAAGCUUCACUCUUGGACAAUGGGGAAGAUUUUGAGAUGCUAGAUGGUGAUGACUAUGAUGAUGAUGAUGACUUAACUGGCCUUCCUCCAUUAGAGGAUACAGAAGCUGCAAAGCUGAAGAAAGAGAGAGACCAGUCAAAGGCAGUGAUGAUGGAAACCCCUUUAGAAAAUCCAAAGGGAACUGAAUCGAUUUCUGGACAUUCACCUGGGGAAGGAGAUGAAGUAGAGGACUGGAUAGAUGUGCUUGGAAAUGGACUGCUUAAAAAAAAGACCUUAUUGCCUGGUAAAGGGGAGGACACCAGACCGGUAAAGGGACAGCUUGCAACAAUUUCUGUGAAGACCACACUAGCAGAUGGUAUUGUAGUUGAGGAAGAGCAGAAUGUUACUUUUAUGCUUGGUGAUGGUGAUGUUAUGCAGGCUCUAGAUCUGUGUAUGCAGCUCAUGCAGUUGGAAGAAAAAGCUUUGAUUCAUUCAGAUGCUAGAUAUGCUUAUGGGAGUUUGGGAAGACUACCAGAUGUUCCACCCAAUGCCAGUCUUCAUUUAGAGGUUAAGCUACUGAAAGUGGAGGAUGGUCCUGACCUGGAAACUCUCACAGGGACAGCAAAAAUUGACCUAGCCAAUCAGAAACGUGAGCGAGGAAACUACUACUACCAAAGGGCUGAAUAUGUGUAUGCUAUAAAUUCGUAUGAUAUUGCUCUCAGGAUUAUUGACACAACUUCAAAGGUUCAUUUCACCCCCAGUGAAGAAGAACAACUUUUGGAUGUGAAAGUAAAAUGUCUGAAUAACCUAGCUGCUUCACAGCUCAAACUGGAACAUUAUGAAGCUGCUUUAAAGUCCUGUAACUCUGUUCUCAGUCAUCAACCAGAGAAUGUUAAAGCUUUAUUCAGGAAAGGAAAGGUAUUGGCCCUUCAGGGAGAGUAUGGAGAAGCCAUUGCAAUACUAAAAGGAGCCCUAAAACUGGAACCCUCAAACAAGACAAUUCAUGCAGAACUGUCAAAGCUGGUGAAAAAACACAAUGAGCAGAAGAAUGUUGAAGCUGCCAUGUACAAGAAGAUGCUUGGAACGACAGGACAUGUUCCCGGAAAACAUAACAGAAAGUCAUCCUGGAACUUUCCAUGGAAAUGGUUGUUUGGAGCAGCAGUCGUGGCAGUAGGAGGUGUUGCACUGUCUGUUAUUAUUGCUAGCAGAAAUUGAGACUCAUCGUUGUUGGAGAACAGGAGUAAAGCCAUUUCUGAACUGCACUGUAUGCUGUUUACAGCAUAGGAUACAUGGAAUCUUGUUUGGUACAAUCCAUUUUAACUACACUGAAAUGAAGGGGCAGUUGUUGAAUGAACCACCAUGUACAAAAAAGAUGGACACGUUGAAAGUCCUAAUCUAGAUUCCCCAUGUCACCCCGGAUUUCUGCAGAUGACUUUUGAAUUUGUUUUAUGUGUCUUUUUAGUUCAGGCCAUUGCAGAAUUAAAAAAAAAGGCAUCUUGCACAACUGACGUUUUUGCCAAGCUGCUCUGCUUUGAAGUCAGGCUACUGUGAGGUGUCAGAAUCAAUGAGGAGGUCCAGUUGAGAUCUGCAUUGUGUUUCUGUCUGACUUUAGGAUCAGAUCUGGUUCAGACCUGAUAAGCAGAUACCACGUGGACUACUGAUGCACAUCUGGAUAGCUUUAUCCUGCAUUAGCACACGUGGAACAAGAGGGUAGAAGAUUACAAAAUAACAAAUGUGGGACCAUUGGUGAUUUCCCCUUUUGACAGAUGGUAGCCAUUUUAUAAAGUAAUCACAUGUAAAGAUUUCAUUUGUGAUUUCAUUCCUGAUUUAGAAGCCUACAGAGAAAUAUCAGCUGAAUGAGUGAGUGAAUGUGCCAGAAUUAGCAACAUGUAUAUUGCAUUUAUUUAUUUUAUACGAUUGUACAUCAACAUUCCCUGUGGCCCACAUUGUGUGGAGAAUUUUUGCAAAGUUCCCAAGGUAGGUUAGCUGGUAGAAUUCAUCCAUUCUGCCUGAUAAAUGCUGUAUAGGAAGCUCACUGGUAUUCAUAUGAGACUGCUUGGAAGCUCCUGCUAUCUUAAUCAAAAAUUAACAGGUGGCUAGGGAGAUUGAAGUUUUUAUUCAGUGACACAAAAGCUUUAACAAAAGAUACCAAAGUAUCCUCAAAAGUACUCAUCAUGGAUACUGGUCUGGCUAAGAAGG